AUGGAUGGAGUUAAGUCACUUCCCACUCCUAUGCUUUAUGGUCUAAAACUUUCAGCUGGAAUGGGUGAUCCAAUUGAUAAUGUUUUUGAGUACAGAAGUGUUGUUGGAGCUUUGCAGUACAUAACCAUCACUAGACCCAAGAUUGCUUUUAGUGUCAACAAAGUUUGCCAAUUUAUGCAGAAGCCUUUAGAUACUCAUUGGAAGGUUGUCAAACAAAUUUUAAGGUAUCUCAAUGGCAUUACAGAUCUUGGUAUUGUGUUGAAGCCAUCAGAAGCUAUGAAUUUAGUGGGGUUUUGUGAUGUUGAUUGGGGGAGUGAUGUUGAUGAUCGAAGGUCUACAUCUGGGCAUUGUGUUUUUCUUGGGAAAAACUUGGUUUCAUGGAGUUCAAAAAAGCAGCACACUAUUUCCAGAUCUAGUACUAAAGCAGAAUAUAGAAGCUUGGCUAGCUUGACCUCAGAAAUGUUAUGGUUGCAGUCCUUCUUGUUUGAGCUCCAAACUAAGAUGACUAUGGUUCCUGUAAUUUGA